AGCCGGUGGACCGGCCAAGAGCAUGCCCGGGAUCUGCCGCCGUCCGCUCUCCCUCGCCCCGCUGCCGGCAAUCGUCCUGCUCGCCCUCAUCGCAGCUCCUGAGGAGGCUGCCCCCGACGCUCUGCUGGAGGAGACGGUGCAGAGGUGGCGGCGGUACCACAACGAGUGCUUGGAAACCGUAUUGUCUCGGGAUCAGCCGACAGGGGUUCACUGCCACCGUUCCUUCGACAUGCACAUUUGCUGGCCGGAUGGUUUUCCGGGCAUGUGGGUGAACGUUUCGUGCCCCUGGUACAUUCCGUGGAUCGACAGAGUGGCGAACGGCUCGGCGUCCAGGUUCUGCACGGAGUCCGGCUCCUGGCUGAUGGACAACGAGACGCAGCGGCCCUGGGUCGACCGCUCCCAGUGCGAGGAGGACAGCGCCUUCCUGAAGCAACAAGUGCUGCAGCUGCGGAUCCUGGGCUCAUUCCGCUGGGUCUACACGGUCGGAUACUCGCUCAGCUUGGUCGCCCUCCUCGCCGCCUGCCUCGUCCUCGUCGCCUUCAGGCGGCUCCGCUGCACCCGGAACCUGAUCCACCUCAACCUGUUCGCCGCCUUCCUGCUGCGGGCCGCCGCCGUCCUGGUCAAAGAUGCCUUCACCGACCGGCUGCAGGCUGCCGGGGCCGCCCUAGAGCCGCGGGCCGAGCGGCCGCUCCCGAUGGUGGCGUGUCGGGCUGCGCAGGUCUUCCUCCACUACAGCGUGAGCUGCACCUACCACUGGCUCCUGGUCGAGGGCCUCUUCCUGUACGUCCUGCUCGUCGGGUCAGUCUUCUCGGAACACAGGAGCUUCCGCCUCUACAUGUUCAUCGGCUGGGGAGUGCCGCUGGUGUUUGUUGGGCCCUGGACCGUGGUCAAAUAUUUACUGGAAAAUUCUGGGUGCUGGAGACAGAACAAGAACAUGGCCUUCUGGUGGAUCGUCCGGCUGCCACUGCUGCUCGUCCUCACCAUCAAUUUCGCCAUCUUCGUCCGGAUCAUGAUUUUACUCAUCUCCAAGAUGCGGUGCCACCAGGUGCACGACGCUGCCUGGAGAAACCGGUUAACUAAAUCAACACUGAUUCUGAUCCCGCUGCUGGGCGUCCAUGAGAUUGUGUUCGCAUUUGUCACGGACGAGAAUGCAACAGGCACACUUCGCUACCUCAAGCUGUUUGUGGAGCUUUUCUUUGGCUCCAUUCAGGGCUUGUUGGUGGCUGUCCUGUACUGUUUUAUUAACGGAGAGGUCCAACACGAAUUGAAGAGGAAGCUGCAGCAGUGGAGAACAAAGAAGAACUGGAGAAAGUCACAGCACCGCCGUGGUGGUGGGCAGCGGGGGAAGAUGGGCAGUACCGAACAAUACGUGGAGAUGGGGACCAGAGACGACCUUGAAUCGCCCAACACUGACGAAGGUCUCCUCAACACCCUCACUUCCCAGCAGGGGUUACACUCGGAGACAACGGAGCUCCCACUGCGGGCUUCUGAGCUCAUGCUCAACUCCAUGGAUUAGGAACGGUGCUGGGCGUGUUCUCUGUACCGAUGUUUCACGGGAAACUGCCGUGGUGAGCAAGACAUCACUCCCUGAGCGAGGGCGAGGGAAGCACAGCAAAUGAGAAUAAUGCCAGACUUUAUUGUUCCCGAUCACAUGCAUCUUUGUGGGUUUGCUGAAAUGAUUGGAUUAGCCUUGGCUCAGGAACAUGACUGGAAGGUUCGGGGCCUGGUAUUUAACACAUGGGCUACCUGUUUUAGUAACUGGGGGAGGAUGAACUAUUAGUUCAUGUUAACUGUGACCCAGGCGCUGACACACUCUGCCAUUCACAAGACUUAAGCCAUGAGAAGAUGUUACAGGGGUGCACACACCAUAUCAUUAGUAGCACUAUGAAGAAUGGUGUAUGCUGUGGACCUCAGCACAGGCUGCCAGAGGCUCUCUCCAAAGAUGAAA